UCUCUCAUUCCGAUCGGAUCCUCGAACGCGAACCCGGCAUUUAAACGGGCGCCAGGUUUUUAAUCGUGCACCACGUCGUCCGCCGUCAGUGCACCCCAACAAAUCCAUACAGUCGCGGUGUGUUUUAAUUGAACAUUUUAGUCCAGCCAAUUGUCCGCUCCCUGAGACGGAGUGUUUAAUAAAAAAAUUAUCGUACGAAGUCGGUAGAAAGUAAUAAAAUGUCGCGCGACCGUUCGUCGUCACGUCGCUUUUAUCGCGGCGAGUCGUACAGCAACUUGUUGGCUUGUAUGGACAAAGGACUCGCCGCCGAGGAAGAGAACCGAUGGACCUUCGAAAUUGCGUGGGAAGUGGCCAACAAAGUGGGAGGAAUCUACACAGUGAUCAGAUCAAAAGCGUACAUAUCAACGGAAGAAAUGGGCGACCAGUACUGCCUGAUCGGCCCCUACAAAGAACACUGCGCACGCACUGAAGUCGAAGAAGGCCCCUUAGGAUCGGAAAGUCUAAACAGGGCUGUAGAUGCCUUAAGAAACAGGGGUUUCAAGGUACACACUGGCAGAUGGUUGGUAGACGGAAACCCCCAGAUUAUUUUGAUGGAUAUCGGCUCAGCCAGCUGGAAACUGGACGAGUUUAAGGAUAACUUGUGGUCCACUACUAACAUCGGGGUGCCCCAUCUGGAUAUCGAGUCGAAUGAUGCCAUUAUUUUGGGGUAUAUGGUUGCUGAUUUUAUUCAAGAGUUUAAGAAUUGUGCCCAAGCCGACACAGACAGAACGCCAAAAAUUGUGGCCCACUUCCACGAAUGGCAGGCGGGCGUUGGCCUAAUCGUCCUGCGAACCAGGAAGGUGGAAAUAGCCACCGUUUUCACAACGCAUGCCACACUCCUAGGUCGAUACUUGUGCGCCGGCAACACCGACUUCUACAACAACUUAGACAAAUUUAAAGUGGACGAGGAAGCGGGCAAACGCCAAAUCUACCACAGAUACUGCAUGGAAAGGGCGGCGGCGCAUCUCAGUCACAUUUUCACCACCGUCUCCGACAUCACCGGCUUCGAGGCUGAACAUUUGUUGAAACGUAAACCUGACGUUAUCACGCCGAACGGUUUGAACGUGAAAAAGUUCUCGGCCCUGCACGAAUUCCAAAACUUGCACGCCCUUAGCAAAGAAAAAAUUCAUGAGUUCGUGCGAGGACAUUUUUAUGGUCAUUACGACUUCGAUUUGGACAAAACACUUUACUUCUUCAUCGCUGGUCGAUAUGAAUUCGGUAACAAAGGAGCGGACAUAUUCAUCGAAGCACUGUCAAGAUUAAAUCAUUACCUGAAAACAACUCAUCCAGAUAUUACAGUCGUAGCCUUCCUGAUCUUCCCCGCCAAAACCAACAACUUCAACGUGGAAAGUUUACGUGGCCACGCCGUCACGAAAAGUCUGAGGGACACCAUAAGUGACAUACAGGGCAAAAUUGGCAAACGCAUGUACGAAAUAUGUUUAAGCGGAAAGUUGCCAUCGGACGGUGAACUGCUACAAAAGGACGACCUGAUCCGGCUGAAACGUUGUAUAUUUUCACUGCAGCGAGACGGCCUACCUCCAGUAACUACACACAACGUUGUCGAUGACUGGAAUGAUCCUGUUCUGAACUCGGUUAGGAGAUGCAACAUGUUCAACACAACGCACGAUCGAGUCAAAAUGGUGUUCCAUCCGGAGUUUUUGAGCUCCACUAACCCCUUAUUCGGCUUGGACUACGAGGAAUUUGUGAGAGGUUGCCAUUUGGGUGUGUUCCCCAGUUAUUACGAACCGUGGGGUUACACUCCGGCCGAAUGUACCGUUCUGGGAAUUCCCAGCAUCACCACCAAUCUGUCCGGUUUCGGUUGUUUUAUGGAGGAGCACAUUGCCGAUCCGAUGUCUUACGGAAUUUACGUUGUUGACAGGAGGUACAUCGGCCUGGAAGACUCGGUACAACAGUUGGCACAGUACAUGUUCGACUUCGCACGUUUAAACAGAAGACAGAGGAUCAUACAAAGGAACAGAACUGAACGGUUGAGUGAUAUGUUAGACUGGAGGAAUCUAGGAGUCUAUUACAGACAAGCGCGGAUGAAGGCUUUGACAACUGUAUAUCCGGAUUAUAAGGAGGAAAUUUCUUCAGCAAUAGGUACUUUGAAGUACCCUAAACCGUUUUCUGAGCCUCCAUCGCCGAGCAACAGUAAAUUCACCACCCCAUCCGGUUCUCUGCAUGGGUCCGACGAUGAGAACGAUUCCGUCGACUCCGAAGGAGAAUUGGAGGAAUUGAGGGGAAAAUAAAACAGCAGCGAAACCAUGAGGAUGCCAAUCUCUUAAAUGAGUUUUUUAAACUAGAACUAGUUUUAUUUUUUAUCUUUCUUCCGUAAUUAUUUUACAAUUGAUACAAUAGAACUGAUGUACAAAUUUGUUGAGAUUAUCAGAGACAUUAUUUCUACAAAACUACGCAAUAUUGUUAACAAUCACAUUAUUAUAAAUACAUAUAUAUAUAGUAAAAUAUUAAAUAUAUACGUUUCAUAAUUAUUAA